AUGGAAUAUCAUUUAAUUCCAAUACCAGGCGAUGGAAAUUGUUUAUUUCGUUCCGUGUCACAUUUAAUAUUCGGCACGCAAGAAGAACAUCGAAAUAUUCGAUUAAGAGUGGUUAACUUGGUGGUAAAUAAUUGGGAUGUGUACAAAGAAUUUGUCAUUGGUGAUCUUUCGUAUAGACUGCCUAUUUAUAAUUCUAAUGAUUACGAACAAUUGAUGAGCCUAGAUGGCGAGUAUGCUGGUCACGUCGAACUUGAAUGCAUUAGUCGACUUUAUUCAAAUCAUACAUUUCGUGUGUAUAGAUCUAAUGAUCUUAAUGCAUUUGUAGAUUAUGGUUCUGGUGUUAGUGGUGUUACAAUGUUUAAUUAA